UGAUCCAGAUUGCUUUUGCCACCAACCUGAAGACAUAUGGCCCCAUAAGGACAGAAACCAUUCUGUUCAUUUCUGUGUUUUGGACCUUCCAUGUACACAGGAUUUGAACUCAUCUUCAUCAUUCAUACGAGGGAACCAGUGAUAGAAUCCUUGGAGUUACAAUGAAACAUAUCAGAAGCAUUUACGUAUUUUGUAGUAUUGCUGUGUCAGUGCAGGGCUGGGCUUCAAAGUUGCCAGAAGAAAGGGAGUUAACAGCCAAUUUCUCCAACAUGUCGCUAAGAAAGGUUCCUGCAGACUUGACCCCAACCACAACCACACUGGAUUUAUCCUACAACCUGCUUUCUCGACUUCAGAGUUCAGAUUUUCGUUUUAUCUCUAAACUGAAAGUUUUGAUUCUGCGCCAUAACAGAAUCCAAGAGCUGGAGGUCAAGACCUUUGAAUUCAACAGAGAGUUAAGAUAUUUAGAUUUGUCUUAUAACAGACUGAAGAUUGUAACUUGGUAUUCACUGGCAGGUCUCAGACAUUUAGAUCUUUCUUUCAAUGAUUUUGACACCAUGCCUAUCUGUGAGGAAACUGGCAACAUGUCACAUUUGGAAAUUCUAGGUUUAAGUGGGGCAAAAAUACAAAAAUCAGAUUUCCAGAAAAUUUCUCAUUUGCAUCUAAAUACUGUCCUCCUAGGAUUGAAAAGUCUUCCUCAUUAUGAAGAAGGUAGCCUGCCCAUCUUAAACACAACAAAACUUCACAUUGUUUUACCAAUGAACACAAAUUUCUGGGUUCUUUUGCGUGAUGGGAUCAGGACCUCAAAAGUACUAGAAAUGACAAAUAUAGAUGGCAAAAGCCAACUUACAAAUUAUGAAACUCAACAAAAUCUUACUUUAGAGGAUUCCAAGACUAUUCUAUUACUUAAUAAAGUUGAUUUACUCUGGGAUGACCUUCUCCUACUCUUCCAGUUUAUUCGGCACACAUCAAUAGAAUGCUUCCAAAUCCAACAUCUGACUUUUGGAGGCAAGGUUUAUCUUGACCACAAUUCAUUUGAUUACCCAAAGACUGUAAUGAGAACUAUGAAAUUGGAGCACGUACAAUGCAGAGUUUUUUCUGUUCCACAGGAGAGGGUCUACUUGCUUUUUACCAAAAUGGAUAUAGAAAACCUGACUAUAUCAGAUGCACAAAUGCCUCACAUGCUGUUUCCUGUUUAUCCUACAAGAUUCCAGUAUUUAAAUUUUGCUAAUAAUAUCUUAACAAAUGACCUGUUUAAGCAACCUAUCCAGUUGCCUCAUUUGAAAACUCUCAUUCUGAAGGGCAAUAAAUUGGAGACACUUUCUUUAGUGGGUUUCUUUGCCAGCAACACAUCCUUGAAGCACUUAGAUCUGAGCCAGAAUCUGUUACAACAUGAAAAUGAUGAAAAUUGCUUUUGGCCAGAAACCUUGAUCACUAUGAACCUGUCUUCCAACAGAUUUGCUGAUUCUGUUUUCAGGUGCUUGCCCAGAAGUAUUCAAAUACUUGACCUGAAUAAUAACAAAAUUCAAACUGUCCCUAAAGACAUUAUUCAUCUGAAGUCUUUGCAAGAGCUGAAUCUUGCAUUUAAUUUUCUCACUGAUCUUCCUGGGUGUAGUCAUUUCAGAAAACUCUCAAUUCUGAACAUUGAAAUGAACUUAAUUCUGAGCCCAUCUCUGGAUUUUUUUCAGAGUUGUCAGGAAGUUAAGACUCUGAAUGCAAGAAGAAAUCCAUUCUGGUGUACUUGUGAAUUAAGAGAUUUCAUCCGGCUUGAAAAGUAUUCAGAGGGCAUGAUGAUUGGAUGGUCAGAUUCGUACAUCUGCGAAUACCCUUUGAAUCUAAAGGGGACUCAGUUAAAGGAUGUUCAUCUUCCUGAAUUAUCUUGCAACACAGCUCUGUUGAUUGUCACCAUUGUGGUUAUCAUGCUAGUUCUGGAGAUGGCUGUGGUCUUCUGCUGCUUCUACUUUGAUCUGCCCUGGUAUCUCAGGAUGCUGGGUCAGUGGACACAGACACUGCAGAGGAUUAGAAAGACAAGCCGACAACUCAAGAGAAAUGUCCGGUUCCAUGUGUUUAUUUCAUACAGUGAACAUGAUUCUAUGUGGGUGAAGCAUGAAUUAAUCCCCAAUCUAGAGAAAGAAGAGAAAUUGAUUUGCCUCCAUGAGGGACACUUUGACCCUGGCAAGAGUAUUACUGAAAAUAUCAUGAACUUCCUUGAGAAAAGCUGUAAGUCCAUCUUUGUUUUGUCUCCCAACUUUGUCCAGAGUGAGUGGUGCCAUUAUGAACUCUACUUUGGCCACCACAGUCUCUUCCAUGAAAACUCUGAUUAUGUCAUGUUUAUCUUACUGGAACCCAUUCCACUCUACUGCAUUCCUACCAGGUAUCCUAAGCUGAAAGCUCUUCUGGGAAAGAAAGCAUACUUGGAAUGGCCCAAGGAUAGGCAUAAAUGUGGACUUUUUUGGGCAAAUCUUCGAGCUGCUAUUAAUGUUAAUUUAUUAGAAACCAGAGAGAUAUGUGAACUACAGACAUUCGUGAAGCUAAAUGAAGAGUCUCGAGGUUCUGCAAUCUCUCUGAUAAGAACAGACUGCCUCUCUUCCCCUGAAAAAAAUGCAGGGGAAAUUGGGGCCUGCAUACAUUGUCAGGAUAGAAGUUGAUAACCCCCUUUAUGCUGGUAACUGAGCAAUAUCAUUAAAAUGAAAAAUGAUUAUUUUUUUAUGUCAGUUCCUGGAAGGAUUUCUAAGAAUGUAUACUACUGCAAAGGCUUAUGUAAAAAGAUGUUCAUCCCAACAUUGUUUAUAAUCAUGAAAAAUCAAAAACAGCUCACAUUUCCAUAGAAUAAAGAUUGAGUCAAUCAAUCAUAGUUCAUUAAUGCAACAGAAUAUUACACACCCAUUAAAAAGAAUGAGGUAGUUCUAUAUUUGCUGGUAUGAGGAAAAUUAUACUAAUAUGAUAGUUUAUAUAUUGAAAUAAAAGUCUAAAUGAAUUUGCACCAGUACAUUGGUAUAGUAACAGUGGUUUGAGUCUGGGAGGUUGUAGCACAGAAAACUUUUCGUUUCUAGGUUGUAUAUUUCUUUAACACUGGAAUUGCUUAAGUGAAUCUGUAUUUCUUUUGUAGGUCGGAAAACACAAUAAAGAUAAUUU